CUAGACAGCAAGCACGAAGAGGGUUGGGGCGACAGGGCUGAGAAGGAAAAACUUAACUUUCAUGACUGUUUUUCUUGUUUGAUUAGAUACAAAAGGUUGAAUUUAUUUCUAAUGGCAGGUCUCGAAGAGGUGGGCAUUCCAGGUCGGGAGUUUCUUCGCGAGGCUUUGACCAAUUGUUCAGACCCACUGCGCGCAAUUGAAGAGUUUCAAGAAGAAAAUGGAAUUCUGUUGCCGUCUUUACGUCCUAUGUUGCCGCUGCUUGAUUUGCAUGGUGUGUGCAGGCUUGAGUUCCAUACGUCUGUGUUGGAAGAGCUAAAGGAGCGCCUUCUACAGCAAAUUGAAAACCUUGGCAAGCAAGAAGGACGCGAGAAAGAGAAAAAGCUCAAAGAGAUGUUGCAGAAAAGUUUUCCAGUAAUCAAGGUCCCAGCGCUUCGUCCAGUGGUUAUGUGCAUACUGAAAAAUAUGGAGCACGUGGAAGAGAAAUACCUGAAGCAAUUGGUCAGCGACAAAACCCUUUACAAAGAAUGUGAUGUUCAGGUGAAGCGUCAGAUUUGGCAAGAGCACCAGAGCCUCUUUGGCGAUGAGGUGCUGCCACUGCUUUCACAGUACAUCCGGGAAAAGGAAGAAGCACUGUGGAGCCUGUCACCACCACCAACAGCUGGUGGUGCCUCAGCCGAGGCAUCAUCUUUCUUUGGACCAUCACCCAAGCAGCGUAGGCAGGGGGCCGUUUUGCAGCGCCUGCUCGUAAUGGUCGGCCGCAACGUGGUCCUCUAUGACAUGGUGCUCCAAUUUGUGCGCACACUCUUCCUUCGAACACGCAACGUCCACUACUGCACUUUGCGUGUGGAGCUCCUCAUGGCCCUGCAUGACUUGGAGAUCCAGGACAUCACAGCUGUUGACCCUUGCCACAAGUUCUCCUGGUGCCUUGAUGCCUGCAUCCGGGAGAAAAACGUGGACACCAAGCGAUCUCGGGAGCUUCAAGGCUUUCUUGACAGCAUCAAGAGAGGCCAAGAACAAGUGUUGGGUGACCUAUCCAUGACACUUUGUGAUCCAUAUGCCAUCAACUUCCUUGCACAGUCAGCUUUGAAGAUCAUCAACCAUCUUAUUAACGUCGAAGGACUUCCAAGGGACAACCAGGUACUGGUGUUGCUGUUGCGUAUGUUGGCUCUUGGGCUUCAGGCAUGGGACAUGAUAAGUACCCAGCAGUACAAGGAGCCAAAGCUGGAUGUGCAGCUCAUCACCAAGUUCUUACCAGCUCUUAUGUCUCUCAUGGUUGAUGAUCAGGUGCGAAGCCUGAGUUCCCGACUGCCCCAGGAUGACCGAGAGUCAGCCAUCACAACUAUUGAGCACUCAGGACCACCUCCCGAUGCAUAUCAGGCUUAUGUUCAGGAGAAUGCAGUGGCCAGCGUGCUGGCACUCUAUUACACUUUUCACACUGCUCGCCAACGUGAUCGAACUGGCGUAAUGAGAGUUCUGGGCACCUUGGCGGGAGCGGAGGGCCAGCGCGCCUACCAGGAUCCAUUCCUGCACACUCUGGUUGGCCACUUGGCUCUCAUGGCUGAUGAUUUUGCCCAAGAGGAUUUUUGCACCGUUGUUUUUGACGAGUUCUUCCUCAGUGGCCUGAGUGGCAACGCUUCUGGAGGCAGCACGCCUGCUGCACUUCCCACCACAGAAGGUGCCAGCAGUGCUGCAAGGCAUUUGCUGCGCCUGUUGUGGCAUGUGCAUGCAAAGCUUCCUCCUGCCAGACUUCAAGGCCUCAUGAAGACACUCCAGCCACUUGUCCAGGCCAAUGAAGGUUUGAAACCAGCAGUUCAAGCCUUGCAAGACAAAGUGAAAGAUUUGACUCCACCAGCAGCAGAACCGGAGUCGUCAGAUUCUCCUCUACUAAGUGUACCUGUGCCCACACCCAUGUGACAAAGCCUAAAUCAGAAAUAUAGCCCAUUGGUUGGUUGCUUCAUGCCAUUUGUUGACUGUUGGUGGAUGCAGCUUUGUUUUCCAUUUUGCACUGGAUGGAUAAGUUUGAGACUGUUAUGACAUUUUUCGCCCACGUCAGAUCAUACAUGUCCUUUUUUUACUUUUGCUUGCAGUUGUUAAAUAAAUUUACAAGGUACUGCAACUCUAUUUUCUCACGAUGCAUUCAACCCUCGAGUACCGGCCAUUCUGACAGCAUCGCCAUUUUUACAGCAGUUCAUGCGUCUUUCACCAGCACAAAUUCAUCCAAUAAACAUUUUUUCUAUCUCACCUGA